AAAAGUUCGUACGUUUGUUUCCAUAUAUAAAUGUGAUGGCCCCAGAAAAAUUAUUGGCGAAUUCAGCAGCUGACUAUCCAAGAUAACGUACUCAAACCGCUCAAAAUAAUAAGUUGGCUCAUAGAAACUCAAAACCUAGCUAUCAAAAAUGGAGGCCGAACUUAGUGGUUCUACAAUUUUCAAUACUAAUCAAGAGGAUCUUCUAAAAUCAGCAAAAGCAAAGAUGGGAGAAGUAAAAGAAGAAAAUGAGAGAUUAAAGAAGUUAUUAUCACAAAUUAUGAAAGAUUAUCAAUCUCUUGAGAAUCAAAUCUCUUCAAUGGUGCAACCUAAAAAUGAUCAAUCCACAGAAACAAAUUCAUCAAUAAGCAACAAUAAUAACUCAAUCAAGGAAGAUAAUUAUGAAGAUAAUCAAAACCAAGAGCCUGAAUUAGUCUCCUUAACUCUUGGUAAUUGGAGUACUACCAAUAAAAAACAUAAUUAUGAUCAUAAUUAUAAGAAGCAAGAAAAUAAUGAUAGAAUGGUAGAAAGAGAGUUAGAAUUAGGGCUAGAUUAUUGUAAGGCUAGUGAUAAUGAUCCUAAGAAUGAUUUGAGGUUCGAGAAUUCCAAUCGAGAUUCGAAGGAAGGUGCAAAUAUGGAGGCAUGGAGUUCUAGUCAUGAUCUAAAGGCUAAAGAGGAUUUGAAUUCAAAGGAGGGUGAUGAUCAAGAAAGCUUGCACCAACCCCAAGUGAAGAAGACUAGGGUUUGCAUUAGAUCAAGAUGUGACUCCCCCACGAUUCAUGAUGGAUGUCACUGGAGAAAGUAUGGGCAGAAAAUAGCAAAAGGAAAUCCAUGUCCUCGAGCAUACUAUCGAUGCACAGUUUCGCAGAAUUGCCCUGUCAGAAAACAGGUACAAAGAUGUCCUCAAGACAUGUCCAUCUUGAUCACAACCUAUGAAGGAACACACAACCACCCACUCCCACUCUCCGCCACCGCGAUGGCAUCCGCCACCUCUGCGGCCGCCGCCAUGAUAAAAUCUCCCUCUUUAACCUCCCAAACCCCAACUCUUACAAGACCUCUAACUACUUCAUCUCUUGGACUACACUCCUCAAACUUCAUCACAACUUUCAACAAUCCUUCUUUAAUAUCAACUUCUUCCCAUAAUUCACACCCUACUAUUACCCUAGACCUUACCUUACCCAAUUCAGGAUUUUCCUCCUUUGAUUGGUUAUCUUCAUCAUCAAAUUCCUCAAGAAAUUCUAGCUUCCUAAACUUUUCUUCAACUCCUUCAUCUUCAUCAUUACCUUCAUUAGACUUCUCAAAAAAUAAUAAUUCUUGUUCAUUUCCUACAAAUACUUCUUCUUGGGCUAAUGGGUAUUUAUUACCUUACAAUAAUACUACUAUUAAUAAUAAUAAUAAUAUAAAAAAUAAUAAUAUUUUUCAAAACCCUAAAUCCUCUCUAAAUGAUACAUUAGCAGCUGCUGCGACAAAGGCAAUUGCAACAAACCCUAAUUUUCAGUCAAUUUUAGCAGCAGCUAUAUCUUCUUAUGUUGGAAAUAAGAACAAUAAUUUUGAGCAAAAAAAUGGCUCACAACCAAAAGAUCAAGGUGAUCAAAGCUUGACAUUGUUUCCUACAACAUCAAAGAACAAUGCAUCUGUCGGUGUUGAUGCAAGCAGGGGAGAAUCUAGGUCUGGAUCUGCCUAAUUCAUCACAAAACCCCUGUUAAUAUUGCGUUAUGUAACAUAUAUAACACAAAAAGAAUAGUAGUUAAGUUGGUUCUGUACACAUGCAGAUCAAUUGUACUGUUCUGCCUAACUUAUACUGGUUUGUGUAUUUUGAAUCUAGUUUAUUGAUUUUUUUUUUAGGGGGGGGGGAUUUGCUUUUUUUAAUGAAAAAGGGAUGAAUUGAGUACCUAUACAUAUUUCUUUUUAACAAUUAUGCUUCAAUGUGUUUCUAUGGAGUUUAUUCAAUGUUGUCUUAAUUAAACAAGGCCCUUGCUAUUAAGGGAAGGAAGGAAAAGGUUGUUCAAUGAGACUAUGAGGCUUACAUUCUUAGAUGUGUUUCGGUACAUUUAUAUUCUUGCAUGUAUUAUUACAAAUUGAAAUAUCAUGCAUGAAUUGUCAAUUAUUUUUAUUGUUUGGUAAUUGGUAGAUAAUAUUGUUAUUAAAUGAAUAUGAAGUAUAAUAAUAUUUAUUUCUUUCUAAGUUUGUUGAGGAGAAGGAUAAUUGAUAUG